GAGGCCCCAGUUUUAAGGAAAGACUUCUGGUUGCUUGGUUCCUCUUUUUCUUUCUUCCUCUUGUGAAUGGUCAUUUUUGUAAUAUUUCCAAACUGCACUGCACAUGUUUCAAAGUCACAGUUCUUAUGAACUCAGUCCGGGGAGUGGAUCUCUGUCUGCUAACUCAGUGUUCCCACACUGUGAGAUUCUCAUUCUCACGAGAAGCCUCUUCCAGGCACUGGGCUAUUUACUGCAGCUCUUCUCAUCUUUUUGAAUGAUUGGAGAAUUUACAACGUUUGAUUUCCAUUCAUGAGCUGUGUAAGCAGAGAAUAAAAUUGAUUUUCCUGAGAAAACAGAAAGUUUCUUCUCACCAUGGCUGCAGAAGUCACUUAUGCUGAAUUGAGAAUCAAAACUGAAUCCUCAGGUACCAACCCAGACUCUCCUAAAGGGAAGACCGCACCUCAGAGAAGUAAUCUUCAUCUUCCUAAGAUGUUUCUUGUUCCGUUGUUGAUACUUCUCCCUUUGGCCAUCAUAUUCUGUGUUACUUUUAUCAUUUUCUUUCAAAAAUAUUCUCAGCUUCUUGAAGAAAAGAAGGCUGUCAAAGAAUGUACACAAUCACACACAGAACUAUGGUGUAAAAGAAGCAAUUCAUGUACAAAAGAAAAAGUCUGGAGCUGUUGCCCAAAGAAUUGGAUAUCAUUUAACUCCCACUGCUAUUUCUAUCCAAAUGAAGAAAGAUCAUGGCAUCAGAGUGUGGAAUACUGUUCUCACCUGGAGGCUCAUCUGGUGGUGAUCACCAGCAAGGAGGAGCAGGAUUUCAUAACCAAGAACAUGAACAAUAAUGCUGCUUAUUAUAUAGGACUGUCAGAUCCACAAGGUCACAGACAGUGGCAAUGGGUUGAUAAGACACCAUAUAACAAAAAUGUCACAUUCUGGCAUUUUGGUGAGCCCAGUAAUGUGAAUGAGCGUUGUGUUUUUAUAAACUAUCGUGACAGUUACAAACAAUGGGGCUGGAAUGAUGCCCGUUGUGACCAUUCUCAACAGUUAGUCUGUAAAAUGAUGAAUAUCUGUUUUUGAGUCAAACAUUUUUCCUAUACAUUGCUUCACUUGACAGUCAUCAUUAUAUAGAUAGCUAAUAAUGCUUUCCGUAUAUGUAAGGAAUGACCACAGGAUUUUAGGUAAGUAGUGUUGUAGUCAGGGGUUGCACAGAGAAAACUUACAUAAAGGACAUAUAAUUCUAGUUAAAUACAAAGAAAUUGCAGGAAAUCUGUUCACAAUAAGACCCAAAGAAAUCCAACCAAAGGUCUGGAUCUCACAGCAAUGUCCUGCAUGAGUGAAGCUGAGGACCUGAGCCCAUAACAAUGCCCCCACAAGUCCAACUGGAGGCCUAGAGCCCAUGACAAUGACUUAUGCAAAUCUGUUUCAUGGAUCUACACUGAGAAGGUCCAAAGUUCAGCAGUGGAAGCCAGAAAGACUGUGCCAGUGAGGUGAAGGAUCUGUAGGUUGAGGGUUCUACACUGAGCCAAGAAGCCAUGCUCAAAAUAAGGACCAGGGCUCCCUUGAAAAAUACCAGUCAUCCUUAUUGACAAUGAGGUCCUGAACUUCUCUGAGAAUGGGAACAAUUCAUAUCAGGAAGUCAGAGUGACAAUAUUUUCCUGAAGUUUGAGCAGUAUACCUUCUGAAUCCAGGAAGCGAUGCUCAAAGUAAAGGCCAGAGCUCCCCCAAAGUGAACCGCAGCCUUUCUCACAAACAAGGUUCUGAAGUCCUUUGAUGAUAACAGCUGAGUUCACAUCAAGGGAGCCAGCAUGACAAGCUUCUCCAGGAGAACCAAGAGCUCCAAACAACAACAACAUUUGGGGGAACCCACAAGGCUACCUUUCCAGGUCUCCUUUUUGUGCUGGCAACAGUCCUCAGGUGGGCUAUCUACAUGCAGCACCACACUGAUUCAGUUCAGCUGAUGUUUAAGUUGACCAUCAGUUUUCAAUCCAUAGCAAGUGGUCAACUCUUCCACUUAUGAUAAACUUGUUACUAUGCUUAUGUGUUUAUUGACUUAUGUACGUAUUCAAAAACUAUAAUUUAUUGAGCAUCUUGCGUGUGCCACAGACUACACUGGAGACUUUAUUAAAGUCUCCUUAAUAAAUGGAAGGUGCAAAGCCUUUCUAAUGGAAGGUGCAAAGCCUUUCUAAUUGAUAAGGUGUAUUUACUGAUAUAAUUCCAUGAUAUAGUUCCUCCACUUAUUUCUUUUUUUCCCUUUACAUUUAUUGAUGUGUCAUUUUCACUUUGAACUAUAUUUUAAGCUACAAAAUGCUUAUUUGAUACACACAUAUAUUGUGAAAUAAUUGCGACAAUCAAGUUAUUUAUUACCUAUUAUGCUUACCUAUUUUCUUUUACUAAAAAUAUUUAGGAUCUCCAUAAGUUUUACCUCUAAAUGUAAACUGUUAAAUAUUGUCACCAUGAUAGCAUGCAUCUCUAAAAUUUAUGUUUUAACUGAUACAUUGAUUAUCAUUUCCCCAGUUCUACUCCAUUUUAAUCACCAUUUUACUGUGUUUCUAGGAGAUUGAUUUUUUAGAUUCUAAAAAUAAAUAUGA